GCGAACAAAAGAGUAGUUGCGCAAGUUUUAGUUCAUUGUGUACAAUUUGCAUUUUUGAUUUAAAAAAGCUUUAUCAGAUACCACAGUUUAAAUACGGGGGAAAUACUUAUCUUAGAAUAUAUUCUCAUUUAACGAUAAAGGCAAUCAGUCGUUUACAGAUUCCACAGACAUAAGUAACGUGUUAAAAGGAAGGUUACUAUAUGUGGAAAAUGAUGUGCAUUGCCUUCUUUAUCAUUGGCUGUUUCUUAGGAUUCGUACAAUGUGAUACGGAAGAUGACGGGUAUUCUGGUGAGGUUAAAAAAUUGUUUCAAGAUCUCGAAUACUUUAGAUCAAACGUCCAAACAGCACAACAAAAAAUGUUGCACUUCUCUAAUGAAACCAUGGAUAAAAAGUAUGCAAUAGGACUCGUCAACUUAUACACACAAGAAAGUCUUUUCUACGUUACAUUAAACUUACAAAUGCGCAACAACUACCCCACAGAGACUGAUAUCUGGAGACGAUCUGGUGAUCUGAUUAACAGAGGUAUUGACAUUCUCGGACUUACGGAGCAUAAAAUUGUUUACAGGGGAUGUACAGCUAUGAAGGAUUAUCCUAUACAAGGAAAUGAUUUUAAAUUCAAUCAGAUUACAAGUACCACUUUACUUCGAGAAUUGGCUGAAAUGUUUUCUGACAACGAAUGCCAAAAGGGAAUUCUUUUUGAGAUAUCAAAUGUGUAUGGAUUAUUGGCUAAAGACUUCUCAGCAAUUGAAGCUGAAAAUGAAGUAUUAAUUAAGUCCAACUAUAACUUUAAAGUAAAGGAAGAACCUCAACAAACUGAAACCCUUACAAUUUACAAACUUGAUGGUCAGUCAGAAUCUAUUAACACGGGCAAUAGAGCAUAUGCAGGAAUUCUAUUACAAUGUUCAAUUGUUGUCGUCACAAUUCUUACACUGGAUAAAUAGUUUAAAACGGAAUACAAGUUUGUCUUUGAAAAAUUAAAGAAACAUUAAAAUCAUUAAACUUCUUUUAAAAGUAUGUAUCUAACUAAGAGUUGUCAUCAGUUUUAAAACAUUAGAUUUACGAUGUAUACUAAAAUGUUACUCCCUUAAUUUCAUUUGUUGUACAGGUAUCAUUUUAUUCUGCAUAGGUAUCAUUUUAAUAACUAUGUGCAUAUCAAUCAACACUAUCAAAAUAUAUCAGUUAUUGUAUUGAUCGAACUCCACUGAUUUAAAGAACGAAAUUUUACAUACCUUCAAACCAAAAAAUAGUUAUCGCCUGACUUGAAUUGAAAGCGUGUAAACUAAUACCUGAAAUAAUGCACGGAAGGGCACAUGAGAUCGUCCCUCUCCAGUAAAGCUGGAACGUCGCCAUAUGACCUAUACUGUGUUGGUACAACGAUAACCCAAGUCAAAUCAAAUCAGUACAGUCACUUUACUUUAAAUAAGCAGUGUACAUACCGAAGUUAACAUUGUAGUCGCGAUAUCUGGGAGAAACCUUUUCAGUGAAAAUGUGUAAGAAAUUAAUUUUAAACCUUGUAUCUUGUUGUUAAUGCAAAUGAUUAAUUAAAAAUAAUGAAUGAACUAGGCGAAGAUAAACUAUCGUCUGCUUUUGCUGAUCGACUUAAUAAUGUAUUAAGUCGAUCAGCAAUAGCAGACGAUAGCUUAUCUUUAAUGUAUAUGUAAAGGGUACAAUUGCAAUUAAUUAUCUUUUUACCUUCAUUAAUAUGAUUCAUAUACCUUGAAGAAAUAUGAAUUUGAUGCGUGUUGAGAUAAAUGGUACAUCAAAUAACAUAGUUAUUGAGCUUUGCCCAUGAACUAGCGUUGUGCUCCGUUAGUAGUAAUGGUCCCGUGACACAUAUAUUUCAAUCUGAUUAAAUUCCGAACCUUUAUACAAUAGUCCCCUAUCUGGUUGAAGACUCAUUAAAAUCAAGAAUUUACUUAGUUUUAGGCUUAUCCAAGGAGGGGGAUGUAAUAUUUCUAUAUUGAUUUUCUCUGUUGAAUAUUGUAAAACGACUUGCAUUAUCUCUGUAUAAAAUUUAAUAUGUCUAUUUAAUACAUUUGAUAUGGCUUCAAAGAUUGUGCCGAAUUAUAGGAGAUUAUAAGCGCAUAUUUAGAUGGAAAUCAUGUCCAUUAUU